AUGUCGAACCCCGCCCAACUAGACGCGGAAAUGGAGGCCCUAUUGGCCUAUGAAACAGCAUCAAAUGACGAGUUCUAUGAGUGCAAUUCCGACCAGGAGGCCGAGGAGGUCGCGGAGGCGGCCGCGGCGCAGGAAGAUGCCCCGGAGGCUCUCGACGACCCGCAACCUAGUGAAGAGGCCGCGGAGGCGCAGGAACAGGGCCCUGUUGUCCCAUUUACGCUCCCGCCUAUUGAAGAGGCACAGGAAGAGGGCCCGUUCAUCCCAUUUGCGCUCCCGCCUAGUGAGACUAGGUUUUACUCAACUGAGGAGGCCUGGGAGUUCCUUGAUAGGUGGACAGGGCCUCGCGGAUAUGGCCUUCGCAUUCAUCGAAAAGGUUAUCUUAGCAUCUAA